AACGUGCAUUUCACAUUGCUACACGUCUAUAUAAAUAUAUAAUUCAAUAUCAUUUGAUCAUAAUAUAUACUUCUACUAAUAUCUAUAUAGCUAGCUAAUAAAUAUUUUUCCAACAAACUCAAUUUGACCUUCUCUUUCUCUCACAUUCAAAUGAAAGAUGAUCAAGAAAAACAAACUACAACUUCUAAUUCUCCAGACCCACAACCAAUCUGUCGGCAAAACUCCGUUUACCGCCCAGGCCGCGGCGCAAACUCCGAAUGCUGCAGCCGUUGCUGCUGCAGCUGCUUAAGACUACUCUUCCUCAUAUUAGUUGUCGCUAUAGUCCUAACAGGCCUCGCCAUAACUAUCUCCUGCAUCAUCAUAAACCCACACCAGAUGAAGUUCCACGUGGCCCACGCAGCCUUCACCAAAUUCGAUUACGUAUCAGCCAAGAAAACCCUUCACUUCAAACUUAUCCUCAACGUGACCAUCAGAAAUCCCAACAAGAGAAUUGGCAUCCACUCUGAUUCCAGCACCGAUACCAAUAUCUGCGCUUAUUACGACGACAAGUUUCUCGGAGUUGGCCUGUCGAAUCUGUUGUCGUUGUACCUUCCGCCGGGGGCGAGUAGUCCCUUUGACUACAGUUGGGUGUCGUUUGAAGGCGAGAAAACGGUGUCGUUUGACUCUGGUGAGAUGAUGAAGAGGUUUAAUCGUAGGAAGAGUGAUGGGAUUUUCCCUUUAUUUAUUAAGGUGAAGAUGGUAAAUAGUUUUAAAGUUGAUCAGAUGCAUAUUGGAGAUUUUAAAAGCACGGUCAAGUGUCGUCUGAAGAUUCCCCUUGUAAACGGUACUAAUAAUAGUAAUAAUAAUAGGUUUAAGGACACUAAAUGUGUGUAUCAUCUAAAUCCAUUUCCUAUAAUUUAUACCGAAUAGAACUAUUAUUUGUCAUGUCUACAUGAUUUUGAAAUUGAGAUAUAAUUGUAUUGUACUCUAAUACACAUUUGUAUAACUUAUGUUUAUAUAAAA